GUUAACAAUCAAAUGGAAUUCCAGCACACACCUUUACCUGCCCACUUCUCACAGAUUGGCCGCAAUACAGACAGAUCCGGUUUCCUUUUAGCAUGUUAGGAGAAAAACUUUUUAAUCAAGUAUGGUAACUGAAGGCACUCCCUGGGAACUGGAUUCUAUUUUUUAUCUGUUUGUUUCGGAACAACAAAAGACAAAAUCACUCCCCUUUUGUACCGAAAUACAAAAUGGCAAUGGCGUAUUCAUAAGUAAUUCCCAAAGGGACUUCUUAGAAAAAGGUAAACCAUGAAUUGGGGUGUCUUUCAAGCCCUUCUGAGUGGAGCAAGCCAUUUCUCAACAGGCUUUGGACGCAUUUGGCUAUCUGUAGUCUUUGUCUUCCGCUUGUUGGUUUAUGUGGUAGCAGCUGAAAGGGUUUGGAGUGAUGAACAAGGCGACUUUGACUGUAACACAAAACAGCCUGGAUGUACCAAUGUCUGCUAUGAUUAUUACUUUCCAGUGUCCCACAUCAGACUCUGGGCUCUUCAGCUUAUUUUGGUCACCUGUCCAUCUCUUCUCGUUAUUAUGCAUGUGGCCUACCGGGAGGAUCGAGAAAGGAAAAACAGGGAAAAGCAAGGAGAGAGCUGUGGACGGCUGUAUGCAGACAUCGGAAAGAAGCGAGGAGGUUUAUGGUGGACCUAUUUUAUCAGUCUUAUAGUCAAAGCUUUGGUGGAUGCAGUGUUUCUCUACAUCUUUCAUCAUAUUUAUAAGGACUAUGCAUUGCCAAGAGUUGUCAAGUGUACUUUGAAUCCAUGUCCCAAUAUUGUUGACUGCUUUAUAGCAAGACCUACUGAAAAAAAUAUUUUCACAUUGUUUAUGGUGAUCACAACAGUAAUCUGUAUUUUGCUUAAUCUGUGUGAAAUAGGAUAUCUAGUGACUAAGAGGUGUCGUGAAUGUGUGAUUCAAAGACAUCUCAAGAGUCAGUCGACUCACGUGAUUGCAUAUCUUCAGAAGCAAGAGAUUUUUCACACUAACAACAAGCUCAAUGAGGAACUUGACCAGCUGAAUCCCUGUGAUUGUGUCAUGCCACCAGAAACUAAACUGAAAUAACUUCAGGUCAUGGAAUCAAACCUCAAGAACAGAACCCCACCAAAAAACGAAUUUUUACAAUGAACUGUUAUCACACCACAUAAGUUAGACCAAAAACUUUUUUCAUUCUUUGAAAAAAAAUAUAUGUGAGAAAAACAAGCAAAACCAGCAAUGGAUAAGUAACUUUUCAAGGACAGAUUGGUGAACAAGUAAUGCUUAUCAUUGCCACAUUGCUUUUACAAACUUCCUUCUCCUGUUCUAACCUGUUUUCAUGUGUUAAGCAAGGUGAUCACAAAGAGUGCCCCAGGAAAAAUCAUGGCAUAGCUGUUCACAUUACCAGACUCUGACAUUUAUAGUCCUCCUAGGACUUGUUAGGGCUGUUUUUACAGCUGCUUACAAUCAUAAUUUGAUAUAGCACUGUACCGAACAAAGGUCCCUGAACUUUAAGAUAUACUAUUGGAACAUGACUGAGAAACACUUGUCUUGUGUUGCCAUUUCAUUAAAAAUGCUUUAUUUUUUGCAGAUUA